AUGAACCAGGAAUUUAAAGAAAACUUACUAAUUUCAAACGGUAAUGCUGCACUUGCCACAGACAAUAAUGACUGCAGUCAAACUGAGGAUUUAUAUUCUGAUACAAAUCAUCUUCAAAAACAGUUAUGUGACGCCUCACUUUGGGAUAACCGUACUUCUAUUUCUGUUAUAAAUCCAACCGUUAUAGCGGGGCCGUCCUCGCAGUUCGUUGUUUAUGAAGUCUUAAAAGAGCCUCAUCGAGUACAACGGAGGUUCACUGAAUUUCUGCAGCUCAGAAAACUUAUUACGGCCAAUCAUCCGGGUGUUAUAGUUCCCUCCCUUCCCCCCAAGACCACGUGGGAAAACAGGUUUAGUGAAGAUUUCCUGGAAAUUCGACGUUCUGCACUUGAAAGUUUUUUAAGGUGGCUGCAGUGGAUACCAGAAUUAAGCGAAAGUGCAGAAUUCCUUUCUUUCUGCACUACACAGUCUUCGUUUAAUAAUGAUCUCGUGGUAGUCGAAAAAAAGUUGCAACCGCUUUUUUCUACGUUUUUCGCUUCGAAAGCAACCCUUUUAGAAACUUCCAGUAAAGAUAUGUACUUGGAGCAGCAGGAAGCACGUGUCACCAGAGUACAUGGUUUAUUAGCGGCUCUAUAUGACUCUUUUAAAGAGUUGAAAGUUUUUCGAAGAGAGUUAUAUCUCAUUGAUCACAAAAUUUCGCGCGCCUGGGAUUCCUCCAAACUUGGAUUUCACUCGUUCGAUCUCCGUAAAUUAUUAGCUCUUCUCGCUGCAACCAAAACAGAAUUUGUACGUCACAAAAAAUAUUAA